UUAAGUAAUCGAAAGCUUUCUGUUCUAUUUGGUUUAUUUUUUUUAAUAGAAAAAUAAAAGUUUUUUUCUUUUUGCCGACAAAUCGAAUUCAACAUGGGCUGUCUAAGUCAGAGGACACUAAGCAUUUUGGUGGGAUAUCUUUAUUUGAUUGUCAGUGUUGUCAGCUGCAUUUUGCUGAGUCGUCAUCUAUUGGUAAUCGAGGACAGACCAGAGGUACAAAAAUAUGAAGUUGUUGAAGGAAAGUCAAUGUACCGAAUAAUAGGUGAUGUUGUUGAAAAAGACAUUGAGAAAUUCCUACGUCUACUCUCUGAAAUGGAUAUGACCACAACAAUCGGCAUUUUGACAAUUAGCGUUGUAAUGUUAGUUGCAUCAGUGCUCAUGUUAAUUGGAAUUGCUGUGCAAAAUGCUCGUCUUAUGGUGCCCUGGUUUCUAUCGAACACAUUUGUUCUAUUGUCUUUGAUAUGUUGGACAGUCUACUCGUGUACUGAAGAUAUUUUCGAGGGAAAUGUAACCCACGAUGGCACCAUUACAAACAUGCUCGAUGCCCUGGUCGUUCUGGGUUUCCUUCUGAUCAUCGAUUACCCAGUCUAUAUGUUCUUCAGAAAACUACGAAAAGGUCUCGAUGUGACGCGAUAUAAUGCAUUGCUGAGAUCAGCUGAUGAUGCUUUUGAAAUAUAAGAAUGAAUGCAAAAUGAUGUCGGAAAUAAAAUCCAACGAUUUUAAAUUUAA